GUUGUGACAUACGAGGGGCGGAGGGGGAAGCUGGCGAGCGUUAGUUAGUGCCUGAGCUGAGCUGAGCUGAGCUGAGCUGAGCUAGUGGAGUAGUUUCAGCUUUACAGCGUGGCAAAAUGGCCUGCCUUUAAGCGCAGAGAAGACUUAUUUCCUCGCCAAAUACGCACGGCGCUAACUCAUACGAAAAGCACUUCAGGAGUAACGAGCCCAUAUCGGCAGGUGUUUGGCAUUAUUCGUCGACGGUGAAGGAGGCAGCUUGAUACGGAUCGAGCGACACAACUCCGGGUCCUUCGGUCCUGAAAUGGACACAGGAAUUGUACCUGAAAAGAAACGGGUGAGCUCGGAGAGAAGGAAGGAGAAGUCAAGGGAUGCGGCGCGAUGUCGGCGCGGGAAGGAGUCGGAGGUGUUUUACGAACUCGCCGAACAGCUGCCGUUGCCUCACAGUGUCAGCUCCAGCUUAGACAAGGCGUCCGUCAUGAGGCUCACAAUCAGCUACCUGCGCAUGAGGAAAUUGCUUGGCACUGAUGAGCUGAAAGCAGAGGAAGAGAGCGAGUUGGACACACAGUUGAACAGCUCCUAUUUAAAAGCUCUGGAGGGCUUUCUCAUGGUGUUGUCAGAAGAUGGCGAUAUCAUUUAUCUCUCCGAGAAUGUUAACAAGUGCCUUGGCCUGGCACAGUUUGACUUGACUGGACACAGCGUGUAUGACUUCACACACCCUUGUGACCAGGAGGAGCUGAGGGAGAUGCUGGUUCACAGAACAGGCUCCAAAAAGGCAAAGGAACCAAACACAGAGCGCACCUUCUUCCUUCGAAUGAAGUGCACACUCACUAGCCGGGGCCGCACUGUCAAUGUCAAGUCUGCUACAUGGAAGGUGCUCCACUGCGCCGGCCACGUGCGCUUACACAGUGGCCUCAACGAGCAGACUGCCGAGGAGCCGCGGGUUCCUUAUCUGGUGUUGAUCUGUGAUCCUAUUCCACACCCUUCCAACAUUGAGGUCCCUCUGGAUGCCAAGACGUUUCUCAGUCGCCACACAAUGGAUAUGAAGUUCACAUAUUGUGAUGAGAGAAUUACUGAGCUUUUGGGAUAUGAGCCGGAGGACCUGUUGGAUCGUUCUGUGUACGAGUACUAUCACGCUCUCGACUCAGACCACCUCACCAAGACUCAUCACAACUUGUUUGCAAAAGGCCAGGUUAGCACAGGCCAAUACCGGAUGCUGGCCAAGAGAGGAGGGUUUGUGUGGGUGGAGACACAAGCAACUGUCAUCUACAAUAAUAAGAACUCUCAGCCACAAUGUGUGGUCUGUGUCAACUUUGUUCUCAGCGGCAUCCAGGAAGAGAAACUGAUCUUGUCUCUGGAGCAGACAGAAGAUGUCAAGCCUGUAAAAGAGGAGCAGCAGGAUGACCAAAAGCUUGCUGUGGAGAACUGCCCACUGGAGAAGUCGCCAACCCUGCUGAAAAAGAAGGAGAAAGAGGAGGAAAAGGCCGCGGAGCUGGACGUCAUCGAGCUGUUUACUCAAACGCCUGAGCCGAAGCCAGUGACCAGCUUGUAUGAUCAGCUGAAGGAAGAGCCCGAGGCCCUGACUCUGCUGGCCCCAGCGGCUGGAGACACCAUCAUCUCCCUGGACUUCACCUGCCCUGAUUCUGACAUUCAGCUGCUGAAGGACGUGCCUCUCUACAAUGACGUGAUGCUUCCCGCCACGAGUGAAAAGCUGGCAUUGCCUCUUUCCCCUCUGCCGCCCAGUGAGCCCCUCGCUGUCGAUGUCGCCGCUGUGAACGGGAAAAGGGAAAACUAUGCCGGACCCGCAGCCACGUCAACAACCAGCCACAGCACAGCAGAGGUUACUCCUCCUCCGGAUUUUUGCUUAACCAUGGACCCGGACAUCUCUGACUUCAAACUAGACUUAGUGGAGAAGCUUUUUGCCAUUGAUACACAACCCAAGACCCCCUUUACCACACAGACAAUGGAGGACUUGGACCUGGAGAUGUUGGCUCCCUACAUCCCCAUGGAUGACGACUUCCAGCUGCGCAGUGUGAGCCCCGAACGGCCGCUGUCUUGCGGACCUGUCAAAUCCCUCGAGAACUCCCCUGCCCCCGCCGCGCAGGAUCUCCAUAACUAUCUCGGCCUGCCUGUCAGUACGCCAGGUGGUGGCAGCACUUCCCCGGCACCACCCGAGCCAGUUUCUGCUUCCCCUGUCUUCAUUAAGAGAACACCACAAUUGGACAAGGAAGUGUCCCUCCGCACCCUGGCAGCUCAAAAUGCACAGCGCAAAAGAAAACUGGAUGACAUAGGAGAAAUUGUUGGCCAGGGAACUUUGCCCAGGGAAAAUGUGGAACAAGGGAAAAAACUGAAGGCUGAGUUGGGCACAAUCCAAACUGUACUUCUGCUGCCUUCAGAUUUGGCGAGUUGCCUGUUAGGCACCACAUCAGAGGCCACCUCGUCACUGUUGAACCUGCCGCAGCUCACCCGCUACGACUGCGAGGUCAACGCCCCCUUGCAGGGCCGGCAGUAUUUGCUGCAGGGGGAGGAGCUUCUGCGUGCGUUGGACCACACCAACUGAGUCCGCUUUGGGGGCUCGACUGGACACUACGGUUUCUCCUCUCCUCUUAUUUAUGUAUCUAAAUACGUCCACCUCCGGUUUGGCUGCCGUUUGCGCACAUCAUAUUAAGUCCAUAGCAUUCCACUGUGGCAAACGCCAUAGCGGCGUCUCCGUCACCAUGAGGGAUUCCGGUAUCACGACUUUCCAGUUUGUUGAUGCUCCUUGUUUCCAUUUCUCUCGUCCUCUGAGUCUCUCAGAUGACCUUUUCCAGCAGGUCACCAAGAACCUGGCGCAACUGCCAGCAGCGUAUUGUAAGCUUCAGUCGCACAAUUUCUAUUUUCUUAAAAAGAAAACUAUUACCAGCAAUAUAUAUUAAGCCUUUUUAAACUAGAUGAUUUGAACAGUUUUAUUUUUUGUUCCCAUGCUUGUAUGUCUUAACAUCUGUAGUCCACAAAUAUGAACGUUUAAACCUCCAAUUCUUUAGUCUUUGAAUACAUUUGUGUAGCAGUCCAGUACAUCAGUCACUUUACGACUUUACUGUACGCGUUAUUGUAUACCAGCGAAAUUCACGCUGUAUGGCUUCUGUCAAAAUGAAAUAAGUCACCUGGUUUGCUUCGCUUCACAUUGCUUUUUCUCAAUCAAGCGCAGCCUGGGUGUUUUUUAGUGUGUGACACUUAAAAUGGAAAUAAGAGGGAUCUGAGCCUGCUGCAUUUGACUAAUGUGAUCAUAACUACAUUGAUUUGUCCAACAUCGCUCAGUUGAUUGUAGUCGACCUGUGAUCAAGUAAUCAAUCGUACCAUGCUUCUUGUUGCUGUCUUAACAUUAAAUGGCUGUCUUCUAA